AUGACAAACAUAACUGGAGAUGGUGGGAGUUUCUCCUUUAGGACCAAUACAGGAAAGGAUGAAGUGCACCAGCACCAUCAACAACAGCAGCUCCAUCACCAUAUACGCCAUGGUAUGUCGGCUGCCGGAGCUAACAGUAGUGUCUCAACCUCGCAACUCCCUCCGCCGCCCAUCAAGAAGAAACGGAACCUCCCUGGAACUCCAGACCCGACUGCAGAGGUAAUUGCUUUAUCACCAAAAACCCUAAUGGCAACAAAUCGCUUUAUUUGUGAAAUUUGCCACAAGGGCUUCCAAAGGGACCAAAACCUCCAAUUACACCGUCGAUGCCACAACCUUCCGUGGAAGUUAAGGCCACAAACAAGCAUCAAAAUUCGAAAGAGAGUGUAUGUAUGCCCUGAACCCACAUGUGUGCAUCAUAACCCGAGUCGUGCCCUCGGUGAUCUCACCGGAAUCAAGAAGCACUACUGCCGAAAGCAUGGGGAGAAGAAAUGGAAUUGUGGCAAAUGCUCCAAGAAGUAUGCAGUACAGUCAGAUUGGAAGGCUCACUCCAAGAUCUGUGGAACUAGAGAGUACAAGUGCGACUGUGGCACCAUCUUCUCCAGGAGAGAGAGCUUCAUCACUCAUAGGGUCUUCUGUGAUGCUUUAGUCCAAGAGAACAAGCUAAACCAACCACUCAUGGUCACCAUGACCUCAAGCUUACAAGGCCAAGCUCCCAAUCUCAUAAUGCCCAUCAACACCAAUGCCAUCCCCAUCGGCCUCUCCAGCCUCAGCCACAAUGACGUCAAGAGUCCACCACUUAGGACCCUCUCUAGCAACCUUUUGCCGACUUCCUUUCAAUAUGUCGACAUGGCCGAAACCUUCUAUAGCCCAAGGAUCAUUCCCUCCUCAAGCCUUCGGCUGAGCGGGAGUGGCCCAAUGGCCUUCAAUGAGCUUGGUGAUGUUAAUAUUGGUCAGUCAAUGGCUGGCUCAAUCCACAUGUCGGCGACUGCUCUUUUACAGAAGGCGACCCAAAUUGGUGCAACUGCUAGUAAGAACACCAUUAGCUCCACCAUGAUGCAUGGGAGCUUUACCUCUAUAAUGGCUGGGCCUGACCGGGCCUCUGGCUCAAGGCCUUAUGGCCCGACGGAGGCCCAUGGGCUGUUUGAUCAGAUGCAGCGGUCACAAGGCAAGCAGUCUCAGCUGGUUAGGAUCAAUGGAGGGAUUACUAAUCAGUUUUAUGAUCCUUCGGUGAAUCAUAUCGGUUUGUUUAGACCUAUCGGAAUGCCGAUGAUUGGUCGUGAUGAUGGUUUAUUGAGGAAUGUGGAGCAUGGUGGUGACGGUGGGCCGGGUGGGGGGCAUGUGACGAUGGUGGACUUCUUAGGUGUUGGAGAAGAGAGGAGUUUACAUUGGCAAAAGCCACAACAAGCAAUAGAAUAUGGAGGAAUUGGUCAUCAGCAAAGAUUGGAGGUUUUCCAUCCAUUUCAGCAUUAG